AUUUGCUCUCUAAUAGAUAAAUAUGAAAUUGAAGGCAUUGUUAUAUCAAAACAAUAUAGUGUCAAGAAUGCUCAAGAUCCUAAAGAACAAGCUGUACUCCUUGGUGUUGCAUCCACAAUUUUACCAAUUCUUUUAACCAAAUAUCUGGAUUUUCUGGCUGUAGACUCUACUGGCU